AUGGAUGUGCCUGAAGCGGGCAGGAAGGGCGUGGCGAGGCGAAGCAAAUACUCGAAGAACGGCUGCAGUGAAUGCAAACGUCGCAAGGUGAAAUGCGACGAGACAAAACCAGCCUGCUGGCAGUGCUCUCACUUGGGCAAAAGGUGCGUGUAUAUGGUGAAUAACUCGAAGAUCCGGUUUAAGGAGAUUAAUGUGCUAUCACUCAGAGGUCGAGAACGCGUUACAGACAAGAAAGCCUGCGCAAGGAACGGCACCGGCAGUAGCGACCCAGCGCGGGUUACUAUGCGCGAGGUUGACAAUAGGAUGGACCUUGGUGGCAUGGAUGACCCCCUCCAAACGACGGAAUCGCAAUUGCGUGUGCCCAACUAUGAGUUCCACGGAAACUGGGUAGUACAGGCUCGCGCCGGAUGGGAUGCCGUGGCACAGCGGCUGUAUAUGGUCCCUGAGGAAGAGCUAGGUUAUCUACGAGUCUUCUACUACAAGUCUUCGUGGUGGCUGUUGCCGCUGGCGGUAAGCGCGGAGACCAAUAUCUGCAAUAAUGUGUUGUUCGAACAGCUGGCACGGAUCAAUAUUGCAGAACAGGUCACGACAUCAUACCUUCAGAGUGCCUUGAUAUCCGUGGCAGCUAAGUUUCUAUACAACACUACGCGUCUUGUAAAGCAUCGCGAGGUGCGACAGACACAUCUGCGACUUGUGUUCGAACAGCUGCACAGAGAGUUCAGCCGGCUACCUGAGGUUAAUAUUGCACAGGGAAAGAUUGAGAGCUUGAUGCUCUGCGUACUAAUUCUGACAUUGGAUAGUUCAAGCUUUGAUGGGAAGAGCUGGCGAAUACACUUUAGCGGUGCGAAGAAUUUAUUUAGCAAGUACGGCAUAUACUGUAACCGUCUACCAAUGGAGCCUUCACAGAGAUAUCUGGUUGUACUGGUAAAGUCAUGGCUUGCUGCAAUAGAGGCGACCGCCUCGCUAUUAAAUAGUGGAACUCUUCAGACAGAUCAGGAAAUUGACGAGAUAUUCUCCUUGGGUUCCACAGAUGACAGUGCACCUAUACUACGGGAAAUGGGGCUACUAACGAAUGGAGGCUAUAAUAUCUUCCUAGGAUAUUCAAGAGAAGCUUUGAUGCUGCUAAAGGCCGUUAAAAAGUUUCUACGCGACCCGUCCGCUGACCGGUACAAUGACCAGUUCCUCCUAAUCACGGACCUCCUUCAAGCCAGCCGAAAGUAUGCUGUAAUACCAAACAAUUUUGGCCUCGUGAAUAAUACUGCUUGCACAGAAAUGUUCUCAAUAAAGGCCAGCGCUAUAGUAAGACAUCGCGGUCAAGUAUACUCUAUACUCGAUACUAUACAACAGGUCCAAGUGGAGUCCCUGUUCAUAACAUUUUUAUUAAAGGGAUUCCAUUUCUCACAAAACUGCAUGCUAAUCCAAAAUAGUGCAAACAGAAUCUGGCGCAACAUUGAAUGGAUGUUUGAAGAAUCACAUCUCUCCGCUGGUGAAAUACACUCUAUAAUGGCAAAGAUUGCAGAUGGAUCCGUGAAGACGUAUGAAGAUUUCCGUACUCUGAAUAUCAACCUGGCUCCGCUGUAUAUCAUCAAGCCGCUUCUAUCUGACUUCCGGUGCAUGAUGGUUCAUACGGGCAUAGUUAUCUGCUCUUCCGUUCUGACACAUCGGAUGGAUAUUGAUAUGAUUCGUUGCAAGCUCAUAGCGUACUUCCAGUACAUUGUGGAUGUGCUAGGUGCAGAAUCAGGCAAAACCUCCUUGCAGUAUCUGUUCAGCAUCUGGCGACAGCCCAGCUAUUGCUCGGCCACGUGCCUACGAGAAGACGUUCCCUUACCGUUUUCUUAA